CCCGCCGCCAUGCCCUCCUCCGCAGCGGCCCCCGCCUCGCCCCCCAGCAAGAAGCUCAAGAGCUCCGGCCCCGAGGCGCCUGCAUUGAGGCUCCGCUUCGCCAAGCUCUCCGAAAACGCCUUCGCGCCUUCCAGGGGCUCCUCCCGGGCCGCCGGCUACGAUCUCUACAGCGCCUACGACUGUGAGAUCCCUCCUUCCGGAAAGGCUGUAGUAAAAACAGAUAUUCAAAUCUCUCUUCCGUCUGGAUGUUACGGUAGAGUAGCUCCACGGUCUGGAUUAGCUGCAAAUCAUUUCAUAGAUGUUGGUGCUGGAGUUAUUGAUGAGGAUUACCGAGGAAAUGUCGGCGUUGUACUUUUCAACUUUGGAAAGGAAACUUUUAAAGUUAAGCGAGGGGACAGGAUUGCCCAGCUGAUCUGCGAACGCAUCUACUAUCCCGAACUUGAAGAAGUCCAGGUUUUGGAUGAUACAGACCGUGGCUCAGGAGGCUUUGGAUCCACUGGCAAGAACUGAGGAAAGCUGUUACACGUAAUUAAUGACUUGCUGUAUUUUG